CACAAAUCUGCGAGUAGGAAUGCUGUCGUCGUAAUGUUAAGCGGGCUAGAACGGUUUCGAAGAGCGUGGGAAGGGCGUGGGAGGUAUAUACGGCGCCAACCCCUUUUCUACAAACACAUCAUUUGAUGAAAAUGGACGACACGAUGAAGAAAGAAGACGAGGCUACAAUGCCCUCCGCGGAGGACUCUCGCGAACCAUCCAUCUCGCUGUCGUCCAGCGACGAUGACUUCGACUCCGCCACCGCCAACGCCCUACACCUCGAAAAAACCCACUCAGACAUCGACCCUAACGACCGCACUCAAGAUGUCGAACUCGCGCGCACAAAAUCCAUCGCCGAGACCAUGUCUCCCCUGCGCGAAUUCCUCUUCAUCGCCCUCCUCUGCUCCGCGCAAUUCACAACCCAAAUGGGCCUCGUCGGCACCCUCGCCAUCCUGCACACCAUCGGCGACACCCUCCACAUCACGAACCCAGGCGUCCUCAGCUGGCUCAUCGCCGGCUACUCGCUCACGGUCGGCAGCUUCAUCCUGCUCUCGGGCCGGCUGGGCGACGUGUUCGGGUACAAGAGGAUGCUGGUGCUAGGGUUUGUGUGGCUGGGCGUGUGGACGGCGGUCGGCGGGUGCAGUGUGUGGGCGCGGAGGGGCGAUGUGCUGUUUGUUUUUGCGCGGGUGGCGGCCGGGAUGGGGCCGGCGGUUUUGCUGCCGAAUGCGUUGGGGUUGUUGGGCGUGACGUAUCGGGAGGGGAGGAGGAAGAAUAUGGUGUUUAGCUUGUUUGGGGCUUGUGCGCCUGGUGGGGCUGUUGUUGGAGGCGUCUUCUCGAGCCUUUGGGCGCUGCUUUGGUGGCCGUGGUUCUUUUGGAGUUUCGCUGUCGCUGUCUUUGUCCUGGCUGGGCUUUCCGUUCUUAUCCUACCUUCUGUCCCUGUGAAGCCGGAGAUCCAGAAGCAGGAUUUGAUGGGUAAGUUCCACGACCUUGAUCUUCUGGGUGCUACGGUUGGCAUAACCGCCAUGAUUCUGUUUAACUUCGCUUGGAACCAGGCACCUGGGUUUGGAUGGGAGAAGGGAUACAUCUACGUGCUCUUGAUCGUCGGACUGCUCCUCUUUUCGGUAUUCUUCUGGAUCGAAAUCAAAGUCGCCCGGAAACCGCUCAUUCCAUUCGAUGCGCUAAGUGGCGACGUUUCGUUUGUUCUUGGAUGCGUCGCUUGCGGAUGGGCUGCAUUUGGCAUCUGGAUCUACUACUUCAUCCAAUUCCUACAAACCCAACGCUCGCUCUCCCCCCUCCUCAGCAUCGCACAAGCCUCCCCACUCGCCAUCUCCGGCGCCCUCGCCGCCAUAACAACCGGCGGCGUAAUCCACCGUAUCGGCCCCGACUGGGUAAUGUUCCUCAGCAUGCUCGCCUUCCUCACGGGCAACAUACUCGUUGCCACCGCGCCGGUCGCGCAGACAUACUGGGCGCAAAUCUUCGUCUGCACGCUGGUCAUCCCGUGGGGCAUGGAUAUGAGUUUCCCAGCGGGCACGCUCAUUCUGAGCAAUGCCGUGCGCAAGGAACAUCAGGGCAUGGGGGCGAGUUUGGUGAAUACUGUGGUGAAUUAUAGUAUUAGUAUUGGGGUGGGCAUUGCGGGGACGGUGGAGGUGCAUUUGAAGGGAGGGGAAACGUCGAAGGAGGAUGAGCUGAGGGGGAUGAGGGGGGCGUUGUGGUUGGCUGUUGGGUUGAGUGGGCUGGGACUUGGUAUUAGUGUGUUGUUUUUGGGUAAGGGGCUGCUGAGGGGGAGGAGUAAGAAAGAUGGAAGUCUUCCUCCCUAUUCGCCUUCCUACUCGCACGAAAUCCUUCCUCUGCGUUCGCCUCGAUCUUCCUUUCUGAAACCGCCGCACCCUUCUCGCCAAAUCGCGAAUGACGAAUCACGCUCCAAAGUUCUGGGGGCUCGUCUGACUGCGCCACCUUCAAUCAUUUUACCAAUACGAACCCCCACGAGGCAUCCUGGCGUCAGUGCAGGAAUCGAUACCUUUUGCAUAUCGUCAAGACGGGUAAUAGGGAUUGGCGCUGCGGUCGUGUGUGGACAGGAUUCAGUGCGCGUUCGCGCAAGAAUGAUAAGAUGCGCGUCGAGGAUGGCCAUGCUCCUCCGCUUUCUACUAGCAGCUUCACUAAUCAGAGCAGUCGUCCCUGCAUCCGUCUCCAUCAAUCGACAAGGCUGGACUGCGACUGCGGAUAGCUUCCACGCGGGCAAUGAGCCCUCCAAGGCCAUCGAUGGCGACGCGAACUCCUUCUGGCACUCCGAAUACACGCCCUCGGACGACCCGCUGCCCAACUGGAUCAUCGUGGACAUGAAAAGCACAUAUAACAUCCACGCCAUCAGCUACACGCCCCGACAAGACGGCGUCGCGAACGGAAAUAUCGGCGCGCAUAGGAUCGAAACCAGCACUGAUGGAUCAAACUGGGGAUCCCCAGUCGCGAUAGGAACGUAUUUCAACGACGUGACAACGAAGAAAACGACCUUCGUUACGAAGCCUGCGCGGUACGUGCGCAUCACAGCGCUCUCGGAAGCCCAAGGCACAGGCCAGCAGUGGACGUCCUGCGCUGAAAUAAACGUCUUCCACGAAGUUGCCUACCUAUCCCGCUCCAGCUGGACCGUCAGCGCCGACAGCGAAGAAACCUCGUCGGAGAAUAGCCCCGCAAGCAACGCAAUCGACGGCGUCGCCGGCACGCUCUGGCACACCAAGUACAGUGGCACCGCAUCUCCCCUGCCACACUGGUUCCAAAUCGACGCCGGCGCUCAAACCACCACAGGCGUCCUCAGCUACCUCCCGCGGCUCUCCCAAACCAACGGCCGCAUCGGAAACUACAGCAUCCAAGCCAGCAACGACAGCGCCGCAUGGACACAAGUCGCCGCGGGCAUCUGGCCCGACGACGGCAUCGAGAAAACAGCUUCCUUCGCCUCGACAGCGCGCUUCUUCCGCCUCAACGCCUACUCCGAAGCCGGGAACCGCGGCCCCUGGAGCAGCGCAGGCGAAAUCAACCUCCUCGCCACCACCUCCGCGCCUUACACACCGCCCGCGUCCGGAAAAGGCCUCUGGACCAACACAGUAGACUUCCCGCUCGUGCCCGUCGCAGCCGCCAUGCUGCCGAGCGGCAAACUCCUCCUCUGGUCCUCCUUCGCGCGCGACCAGUUCGGCGGCUCAAACGGGUACACGCAGACCGCCAUCUUCGACCCCACCACGGGCGACGUAACCCAACGCACCGUGACAAACACCCAGCACGACAUGUUCUGCCCAGGCAUAUCCCUCGACUUCGCCGGCCGCGUCGUCGUAACCGGCGGCUCCAACGCCGCCCGAACCAGCAUCUACGACCCAGCGUCCGACGCCUGGCUCUCGGGCCCCGACAUGCAAGUCGCGCGCGGCUACCAGUCCACAGCUACCUGCUCGGACGGCCGCAUCUUCAACAUCGGCGGCUCCUGGAGCGGCGGCGAGGGCGGCAAGAACGGCGAGAUUUACAGCCCGAGUGGCAAUUCCUGGGCCCUGGUUCAGAACGCCCUUGUGUCGCCUAUGCUUACUAUGGAUAGGGGCGGCGUGUAUCGCGCGGACAACCACGCGUGGCUGUUUGGCUGGAGGAACGGCAGCGUGUUCCAGGCCGGGCCUUCGAAGGCGAUGAACUGGUACGACACCGUUGGCGCGGGGAGCGUGACUGGCGCUGGGACCCGCGGCGAUGACGGCGAUGCGAUGAACGGGAAUGCGGUUAUGUAUGAUGCGCUUGCUGGGAAGAUCUUGACCGCUGGCGGAGCGGCGAAUUAUCAGACAGAUCAGGCGCGGUCGAAUGCGUACGUUAUCACGCUGGGGAACCCGAAGACGAAUCCGCAAGUGGAAAGGGUGCCGAAUAUGGCGUACGAGCGGGGGUUUGCGAACGGCGUGGUGCUUCCUGAUGGCACCGUGCUCGUCACGGGUGGCCAGUCGUGGGUCGAACCCUUCACGGAUGCAACGGCCGCACUUACGCCCGAGCUGUUCGAUCCGGAGACGAAGACGUGGACGCAGUUAAAUCCCAUGGCGAAUCCGAGGACGUACCAUUCAGUUGCUAUCCUGUUGCCGGAUGCGACGGUCUUCCAGGGCGGAGGCGGGCUUUGUGGGGACUGCGGGACGAAUCACUUUGAUGCUGAGAUUUUUGUGCCGCCGUAUCUGCUUAAUGCCGAUGGAUCGCGGAGGACGAGGCCGGUCAUAAGUAGCGUUGCGUCGUCGGUGAAGCUGGGUGCUCAGCUGAGCGUCACGACUGGCGGUGCUGUGUCGAAGUUCUCGCUCGUUCGGUUUGGGACUGCGACGCAUACUGUGGACACUGAUCAGCGACGUAUUCCGCUGACGCCGUCGGGGAGUGGGACUAGCUAUACCGUUACUAUUCCUGGCGAUCCGGGUGUGGCUCUGCCGGGGCAUUGGUUCCUGUUCGCCAUUAACGCAGCUGGGACUCCGAGUAUUGCGAAGAUUAUCAAGGUCACAUCGUGA